AUGGAACCUGGACGCAAAGGCCCUUCUGUGCUACCCCGCUGCCCCAAGCCUAGGCAGCAGUCCCCCGUAUGGCCGACCCUGGCCGCCCUGGCCCUCUUGAGCAGCGUCGCGGAGACCUCCCUGGGUCCCACGCCCCGCAGCCCCGCCACGCACGAAGGCCCCGCACCAGUCCUGGCUCCCCAGGCCGGCCACUUGCCCGCCGUGCUGCCGACCCACGAGCUACGAGGCCGUCUCCUUCAUGGACGUCAACAGCACCUGGAGGACCGUGGACCGCCUCUCCGCCACCGCCUGCGGCUGCCUCGGCUGAGGGCGCUCCAGACCGGGCGCCGACUGGCUCGGAACCCGUGGGUGGCCGGGAAGACAGCGGACAUUCAGAUGGAGCAUGCCGACCAAAAACAGCUGACCAUCUAGAACAAGAAGAGGGUCCUAUUGGGGGAAACUGGCAAGGAGAAGCUCCCCGGUUACUACAAGAACAUUGGUCUGGGCUUCAAGUGGCCCAAGGAGGCCAUUGAGGGCACCUACAUUUACAAGAAAUGUCCCUUCACCGGUAACGUCUCCGUCGGAGGGCGAAGUUCUGUCUGGCGGGGGACCGACAUGAAGGUGCAGGGGACCAUUGUCAUCUGCAGAGACUGCUUGCACUAGAGCCACAAGUACAGCCACUUUGAGAAGCACCACAAGAACAUGUCUGUGCGCCUCCCCUGCUUCAGGGACGUCCAGAUCGGCGACAUCGUCACCGUGGGCAAGUGCCGGCCCCUGAGCAAGACAGUGCCCUUCAGCAUGCUCAAGGUCACCAAGGCUGCGGGCACCAAGAAGCAGUUCCAGAAGUUCUGA